AUGAGGAAGUUGUGUCCUAAUUACGAUAGGGAAGAUGCACUCGACACCGUCUUGGAGGUCCCCAUACCUGAAGAGAUGUUCACAAAAAUGGGCAACAAUUCGGCUUCUCGUUGGCAAAACAUGCGUGCAUUGAUGAAAGAUCAAGCUGCUCCUGAUAAAUCAACCCAUCUCCAAUCUAAAUCAAAUAAUGAAUUUAUAGCAUUGCUUAAGCUUGUUGGCUCUCCUCUUAUCCCUUUUCAGGCCGACCCUGAUAUGCCUCUCACUCGUCCUCUCAAAAACUGUUCCAUUGAAGCCUCUACCGCGAAAUAUAUAGUACAACAAUAUAUAGCAGCAAUUGGAGGACCAUUGGCACUGAAUUCAGUGAAGAGCAUGUAUGCAGUAGGGCAGGUAAAGAUGGCUGCAUCAGAAAUGCAACAAGGUGAUGACAGUGUGCAAGCUGGAGGCAAGUCCGAGGUUGGUGGGUUUGUGCUAUGGCAAAAAAACCCUGAUUUAUGGUACCUGGAACUAGUUGUUUCUGGUUACAAGGUCAGUGCAGGCAGUGAUGGCAAGGUUGCUUGGAACCAAUCCUCUUCUCAGGCUUCUCAUGCUAAUAGAGGUCCUCCAAGACCCUUGCGACGGUUCUUCCAGGGAUUGGAUCCAAGGUGCACUGCCAACUUGUUCUCAGAAGCAGUAUGCAUUGCAGAGAAGAAAGUGAACGAUGAAGACUGCUUUGUACUCAAGCUCGAGACCGACUCAACCACCCUUAAAGCUCAAAGUUCUUCCAAUACUGAAAUCGUACACCAUAAAAUAUGGGGCUACUUCAGCCAAAGAACAGGACUACUUGUCAAAUUCGAAGACACGAAAUUAGUGAAGAUGAAACCGAUUAAAGGAAACGACAGUGUGUUUUGGGAGACAAGCAUAGAGUCAGUGGUUGGAGAUUAUAGAUACAUUGAAGGCAUCAAUGUAGCACAUAGUGGAAAGACCACUGCAACACUUUACAGAUAUGGAGCAUCACAUAAUCAUAAGAGGAAAAUAGAGGAAACAUGGAUGAUUGACGAAGUUGAUUUUAAUAUAUGUGGGUUGUCAAUGGAUUGCUUUUUACCUCCUGCUGAUCUAAAGAGAGAACAAGAAGGUGGAGAGCAGUGA